GGGCAAGCCGCGCCUCCUCCACACGAGCUAUCCAUAGCUUGACUUAACUCCACCCAUCCCAUCCCUCUUCCAUUCAUCCUUCCUCCCCCAUCACUCAUCGCGUGCUUCUUCAUUCAAACGUAGAGGCACUCUUCUUAUCCACCUUAUUUACCGCUAGAGCUCCGGAAGCUCAGCAUCACCAUCAUGAAGGUCGCUGCCUCGGCGCUCCUCGUUGGAGCUGCUUCGGCCGCUGUUGGGACCCAGCAGCAACAGGUCCUGAAGUUCCCCGACUCGUUCAGCGAGCUCAAGGAGUCCUCAUGGACUAAGCCUCUCCAAAACCUCGAGGAGAGCCUCAAGUCGCUCACCGGCGAGGCUCGCGCCGUCUGGGACGAGGUCGCCAUGAUGUUCCCCGAGAGCUUUGAGAAGGCCGCCUUCUUCUCUGAGCCCAAGCCACACACGCGCAAGCCCGACAGCGAGUGGGACCACGUCGUCAAGGGCGCCGACAUCCAGAGCGUCUGGGUUGAGAACGAGAACGGCGAGAAGGAGCGCGAGAUCGACGGCAAGCUCGAGCAGUACAGCCUGAGGGCCAAGAAGGUUGACCCCAGCGUCCUCGGCGUCGACAAGGUCAAGCAGUACUCCGGCUACCUUGAUGACGAGGAGGAGGACAAGCACCUCUUCUACUGGUUCUUUGAGUCGCGCAACGACCCCAAGAACGACCCCGUAGUGCUCUGGCUCAAUGGCGGACCUGGCUGCUCCUCGCUGACUGGUUUGUUCAUGGAGCUCGGCCCUGCUUCCAUCACCAAGGACCAGAAGGUCAAGCACAACCCCUACUCGUGGAACGCCAACGCCUCCGUUAUCUUCCUCGACCAGCCCGUCAACGUCGGAUACUCAUACUCGAGCGGCUCAGUUAGCAACACUGUCGCUGCUGGCAAGGACAUCUAUGCCCUGCUCACCCUCUUCUUUAAGCAGUUCCCCGAGUACUCUCACCAGAGCUUCCACAUCUCCGGAGAGUCGUACGCCGGCCACUACAUCCCCGUCUUCGCCUCCGAGAUUCUGUCCCACAAGAACCGCAACAUCAACCUCCAGUCCGUCCUCAUCGGUAACGGUCUGACUGAUGGCCUUACUCAGUACGAGUACUACCGCCCCAUGGCCUGCGGUGAGGGUGGCUGGCCCGCUGUCCUUGAUGAGUCUCAGUGCCAGUCCAUGGACAACGCCUACCCCCGUUGCGCCAGCCUCAUUGAGAACUGCUACAACUCCGAGUCCGUCUGGUCCUGCGUGCCUGCAUCAAUCUACUGCAACAACGCUAUGAUCGGUCCUUACCAGCGCACUGGCCAGAACGUCUACGAUGUCCGCAAGCCUUGCGGCAGCAACUCUCUUUGCUACGACGAGCUUGACUGGAUACAGGGCUACCUCAACAAGAAGGAGGUCAUGAAGGCCGUCGGCGCUGAGGUUUCCAACUACGAGUCUUGCAACUUCGACAUCAACCGCAACUUCCUCCUCCAGGGUGACUGGAUGAAGCCCUUCCACCGCGUCGUUCCCGGCAUCCUCGAGAAGAUUCCCGUCCUCAUCUACGCUGGUGACGCCGACUACAUCUGCAACUGGCUCGGUAACAAGGCUUGGACUGAGGCGCUUGAGUGGCCUGGUGCCAAGGGCUUCAAGAAGGCCGAGAUGGAGGACUUCAAGAUCGACGGCGACGGUAAGACUGUUGGCCAGGUCAAGUCCAGUGGCAACUUCACCUUCAUGAAGCUCCACGCUGGUGGUCACAUGGUUCCUUACGAUCAGCCUGAGGCAUCGCUUGAGAUGCUCAACAGGUGGUUGUCCGGCGACUUCUGGGAGUCGUAGAUACCUUCCAUGUAGAUUUGUUUGGUUGAGAUUGUCAUGUAGGAGACUAAAUUGCAAUGACUGGAAGGAUUUCCGUUUGUUGCUUGUAUCAUAAGAACUCUACUUGCUUCGUGUUAUCAUGAACUUAUACAAACGAUCACAUACAUUUCUAUGAUCCACCUUGCUCAUUUGAUAAUUUAUCCUUGGAUACAAAUGGAACAUCGCGUGUUUAUUGUAGAAGCAUGUGAAAUACAUCACUAGUGGUACGCGACGAAAUUUUCGGUCGAGUUGUCCCGCUCUGAC